CGCGACGGUGUCACCUCUAAAGGCUUCCCCCGCCCGGGAGCCGCCGGCGGCUCCUGCGGCGAGUCCCGCCGGGAAAGCUGGAGGAGCACGUCCCGGACCCUCGGCCUCCGGCCCCACUCCGAGGGUGAUUCCUGCAUCUGUGGUGUGCUUUGCACCUGGAAGGGCAGAGCCAUGGCUGCGAAUAUCCGGAGGCAUCCCCUGGAGAUUCCCCCACCAUCUGAAAAGGACUGGCCGAAGGAUGAUGAGGAAGAUUUCUUCCUGCAGGAUCCUGAUCGGAAGCGCGAUGCGUUGCCUCAGCCCUUCAGGAUGAUCAACAAAGUGGUGAUGCAGGUCUUUGAGAGUGCUAUGGAAAUCAUUGAGAGAAGGGAGAUGCUCCGAGAAGCACAAAAACGGAAGGUCCAGCCCACAAAAUGCUCUCCUACAGCUGAAUUCCAGGUGACUGGAAGAGCCAAUUGCCUUGCAGUGUCUGGAAAAUACAUCUUUGUUGGUGUGUCUGUGGGUCUGGCUGCCUUCAGCACAUGUGACUGUAAGGAAAUCUGUGCUUGGGAUGCAGUCAAGACAGAGAUCUGUGCCCUCCAUGCCUCGGAUUUGGGGAAUGAGAGCCAUGUCCUGCUUGCUGUGGAUGAAAUGGGGCUUGUCUGGCUCUUCUGCUUUCAUAAGGAAAGCUUCCUGCUCAUUAAAGCCCUAAAUGAAGUGGGGGAUAUCAGCAAGAGAAGCACUUGUGUGGAGGUGGUGCUGUCCCUGGGCGGUGAUUACGCAGGAGUCCUGCUGCAAGACAGCACAAAAGCUUGGCUGGAGAUCUACCAAUUGCCUAAGGAUUCCUGGCUGAGGGAGAUGGAAGAGAACUCAGAAGCUGCAGCAGGGCUGGCUUGCAGUGAGAGGAGGCCAAGCCGUACAUCUGUGGAAACUCAGGAACUGCAUGAAGACAGUUCUGCAGAGAUGGACUUUCCAGUGUCUGCAAACCAAGAUGGUCCAAAGCUGGAUCUCCCAGUGCUGCUGCUGACAGUGAAGCCACCCAAACCCAUUACAGGCAGUAGUUUUGAAAGCCCAUUGGAUGCCUUGAAGGAAGUGGAUGAUGGCAGUAUGCUUGGCUUGGGGUACAAUCACCUGAUCAAGGAUUUCCAGUGGGAGCUGCAGGAAACAAUCUUCCGUAGCACAUACCGGGAGUAUCUGGAGGCUGAGGGUGUGAUCAAGGAGGAGGUCCCCAGACAUGCUACCUUUCAUUUCCUUCUGCCUAACCAGGUCCUACAGGUGGGACCUGAUAUGGAAGUACAACCAGAUGUUCCAGCUGGCAUUGGUGUGCACUGGGGUGGAAACCACAAUUUCUGCUUGUACUUACUUAAUCAUCCACUCAAUGAGCAAGUGGAUUCUGAUCUGAAACCUGAUGUUGUGUGGCCUUGUGCAGCUCCGAUUGCAUGCUCGGCUGUCAGUUCCUGCUCCAGGUACCUGGCACUGGCAGGUGAAGAUGCAAUAAUAACUAUUUGGGAUAAACACCUAGGAUUCCCACUGUCUGUAACUGCCAUUCUAGAGGAACGUUUCAUCCGUAGUAUCCACUUUCUGCGGAGUUCUGCAGCUGCCAGUGAUGACACACCUUGUCCUGGUACAGAUCCUGUCUGUCCCAUUGUGCAGCUUCUCGUGCUAUGUACAGACAGCUCUUACUAUUUGGUGAAAGCACCCCAGGCCGGGAAGUCCAGCAUCACACUCCUGGCAGACAGGCCUGAAGACCCAAAUCUUACUGUCAGUGCGGUGGUGCCCAUCCUGGCCUUCCCCAGUGCAGUCCUGAUCUUCUCCUGGGAUGGCACAGUGUCCUUGAUGAACACUGACACAUCACAGACUCUUUACUGCUUCAGUACUCCACCUUCUCAUGCUGUAGCAUCCCCCUGGCAGCCAGUGUUCACAGUGGAUAGUGUAAAUUCCUGCUUGCUGCUUCGAGGAGAUGAGCAGCAGCAAGACAAUGAAUUGGCACAGAGCAAAGCCAGUCACAGCACCAUCUUCCUUUUUGAUUUCAACCCACUGAAGGAGGCUUUCCCAAAGGAACCAGAUUUGCCUCACAAAUCCUUGCAGAACCUGCCAUGGUUUGAGAGAUGUAACAUUUUCUUGCGUGAUAGGCAGCAGAGCCCGCUAGGACUGGAAGAGCCUAAGUACUGGAGUUGUCUGAAGGCACGAGCAGCUGCCAUGGAUAAGGAGAAACAGAAAGUGAAGGGACAGAAGAAGCAGUAGCCAGCCUUGCAUCCUGAGGGGCAGGCUCUGCUCUAUCACAGUCUGUAAACCUCUGAUCCAGAACUGAUGUUUUGACAGAUACUCUAUUCAAAUCAUCACGCUCCCAGAGACCUGGAGCAUCAGAGCAAUAUGGUAUGUUAUUAUGAUAACAAUGGCCCUUAAUAAAACCUUUCUUCAGUAAAAAUC